AUGGUAGUGGGAAUCCUGGUGAUCGUCCUGAUGUCUCUGCCUUUGUGCUGUGGUGUCUUGAAGCAGUACGGCAAGGUGCUGGGUGCCAUUGGCAUCGUUCUGGGAGUGCUGGCUUUGGUCAUUCCGCUAUUUGGAGCACUGGGCUCGUGCGUGCCCUUCGUGGAUGCAGCAUGCAACGAUGCUUGCACUCCGUGCACAGAUGAGGAAAAGAAGAUCUGGGCCAGUGCUUGCCAAACGCUUGGCAUCAUCUUCGUCUACUUGGUGGUGUUCGGUUGGGCAGCUUGUGUCCUGGGCAUUGUGGGAGUCGACAUGGCUGCAAUGCGCUCUUUGAUGGUUGCAAGCAGCGAUGCGUAUGCUGCAUCGCUGUGGGGAGGUUCCAUUGGCGGUAUGGUAGUGGGAAUCCUGGUGAUCGUCCUGAUGUCUCUGCCUUUGUGCUGUGGUGUCUUGAAGCAGUACGGCAAGGCGGGCAAGAUUUCUCUCGUGGGUGGGACCGUAGGUGCUGGUGCCAUUGGCAUCGUUCUGGGAGUGCUGGCUUUGGUCAUUCCGCUAUUUGGAGCACUGGGCUCGUGCGUGCCCUUCGUGGAUGCAGCAUGCAACGAUGCUUGCACUCCGUGCACAGAUGAGGAAAAGAAGAUUGGGCCAGUGUUGCCAAACACUUGGCAUCUUCGUCUCUUGGUGGUGUUCGGUUGGCAGCCUGUGUCCUGGGCUUGGGAGCCAGCCUGGCUUGCUGCGUUUGCUGCCAGUGCUGAGCCAAGCUUGAUGACCCGCGGAGCGCUAAAAGGCAGUGAUGCCGUGCUGGAGUCAGAUGCUCCCAAUGCCAGGCUUGUCGACAGCAGCUGGCAGUGUCCCGGUGGCAACCGAAGUGUAUUGCAAUUUGUGGGAAGCUUUUUGUCAAUCCUCAAAGCCGUGGUCCCAAUCCGUCUCAAUUCUGGAGAUUUGGUGAUGAAUAUGAAUGUCGACAUGGCUGCAAUGCGCUCUUUGAUGGUUGCAAGCAGCGUCGCUUUUGCAUUGGCGUGCCGAGAUGUGAACGGUUUCGAUCAGGCAACCCGACUUCCAGAUGUGAUGUCAGAUAGUAGGUUCCAUGGCGGUAUGGUAGUGGGAAUCCUGGUGAUCGUCCUGAUGUCUCUGCCUUUGUGCUGUGGUGUCUUGAAGCAGUACGGCAAGGUGCUUGGUGCCAUUGGCAUCGUUCUGGGAGUGCUGGCUUUGGUCAUUCCGCUAUUUGGAGCACUGGGCUCGUGCGUGCCCUUCGUGGAUGCAGCAUGCAACGAUGCUUGCACUCCGUGCACAGAUGAGGAAAAGAAG